AUGGACACACACAAGGCCGCUGUUCUCACGUCGCCCCAGGGCUCAAAAGAAAAACCCACCUUCACUGUUAGAGAUGAGGCGCGUCCGGUCCCGGGCCCAAAUGAGGUCCUUGUUCGCCUCUCGAUGACAGGCCUCUGUGGUUCCGACUUGGGAAUGGCCAUGGGCCAUUUUGGAUCGGUGGGCAACAUCCUCGGACAUGAGGGGGUUGGCCGCAUCGCGGCCUUGGGCUCCAACGUCGCCGCCCUCGACCAGUCGGUCGAAGUUGGACAGCGAGUCGGGGUCGCCUGGACCCGCGACAUCUGCAGCACUUGCGAGUCUUGCGUCGAUCUCGCAAACGAGGGCGAAACUCGUUGCGAAAAGGCACUCCACUCAGGCAAGGCGUACGACGGGACCUUUGCCCAAUACACACUCGUACCGCUCCGUUACCUGGCCCGGCUUCCGCCGCAAUUCGACAACUUGCCCGAUGAAGAGAUUGCCCCGAUUCUGUGUGGUGGUGUAACCGCCUACAAGGCCAUCAAAGGGUGCCGCAUCACGCCGGGCCAAUGGUUCGCGAUAUCGGGAGCGGGUGGCGGCGUCGGAGCUCUGGCCGUGGCGUACGCUCACGCCAUGGGCUAUCGUGUGAUUGCCGUCGACGCCGGCCCCGAGAAGGGCGAGAUUUGCAAAGCGCAUGGCGCCGAGCUGUACAUCGACGUCACCACGCCGGGAACUUUGGGCGAGAAGGGGUGGAAGAUCGAAAGCUCCUCGGUUGGGACCCGUGCGGAUAUACUGGAGGCUCUGGAGUUCGUGAGACGACGUGCUGUUGUGCCAAAGGUCCACCUGGGAAAGCUUGACGACAUUGAGGAGCUUGUUCAGACCAUGCACGCGGGCCAGCUCAAAGGCAAAUGGGUUCUGAAGCUAGACUAG